AUGGCUCAUCUCAUUCGGAAUCGGCUGGCCCAGGCCUUGGCACCGCUGCUUGAUCUUCCCGCGUCAACGUGCGCCGUCGGUGUUCAUGUCAAUCAAGACUACCGCAAAGGUCAUGUGGCCAUCAAGGUGCCGCUCGUGCUCCAAGCUGGCGGCACAGCUGCCACCGAGGCCGCUGCUUUGGCGCAGCGCAUCCACCAAAAUCUCAAUUUGGACUGGGCUGACACCCAGCUUGCUCGAUGGGCGCUCGAGGCUGCCACUCCCCAUCAUGUGCCUCUGCCAACCGAGGGCACCACGCCUUUGCUGCCGCAGUACCGGUGCACCACCCCAGAUGUUGCCAACUCGGCCCGCCACACGUUGCUCGAGUUUAGCUCCCCCAACAUUGCAAAACCCUUUCAUGUGGGGCACCUGCGCAGCACCAUCAUCGGUAACGCCCUUCGCAACAUCCUCGAGGCCACUGGGGAACGCGUGACGGCCAUCAACUAUCUCGGCGACUGGGGCCGCCAGCUCGCCCUUGUCAUGAUCGGCCAAGACUUGCUGGCCAGUGAUGGCACCACCAGCGCUGGUUCCAGUGCUGGUUCCAACGCUCCACCCGGCCUACAUGACCUCUUCCGUGCAUACGUGGCUGCCAACAAGGCCGCUGAGGCCGACCCAACCAUCCUGCAGCGGGCUCGGGAUCUGCAUCGCGAGCUGGAACAAGCCCUGGUUGCCGGUGACGCGCAGCACCCUUUGCUGAAUCGAUGGCGAGCACUGCGCUCUGACAGCAUCGACGCCUACGAGCACAUUUAUCGUGCUUUACAUGUUCGCUUUGAUGCUUAUGAGGGCGAAUCCAACUACGUGCCCGGGGCGCGCUCGCUUGGUGACCGCCUAUCAGCCCUGCCCGGGGCGCGCGUGGACCAUGGUGCGUGGGUCGCGGACUUUGCCGACCUCCCCACCUGUGUCUUGCAAAAGGCCGAUGGCUCCAGUACCUAUUUAUUGCGGGAUUUAGCCGCUGCACUCGAGCGUGCGGCGCGACCCGAGGGCCCUGAUCGAACCAUUUACGUGGCCGGCGGAGCCCAGGACGUGCAUUUCAAGCAACUGCAGGCGCUACUCGCUGCCAUGGGCCGGUCGGAGGUGGCCACUGGGUUACAACACGUGGGCUUUGGCUUGAUCAAGGGCAUGAGCACGCGGCAGGGCACGGUCGUCUUUCUGGACGAUCUACUGCGAGAGACUGAGUUUCACAUGAGCCAGGUCUUGAGCCUGAAUCCCCAAAAAUUACGUGAACUGGAUGAUCAAGCUGGCACGACCCAAAUGCUGGCACUGUCCGCCAUCGUGGUGCAGGACCUGCGGGCGCGUCGUCACAAGGACUACGAGUUUCACUGGCAGCGCAUGCUCUCCACGACCGGCGACACGGGUACUUUGUUGCAGUACACCCACGCGCGCCUGGCCUCAUUGGAGCGUCAAAGUGGGCUCGAUACUGGCGCCAUCUCGGUCGCCGAUCUGCAGCUCACGCACGUGAUUGACGACGAAAUGCACGCGCUCGCCUUUGAGGUCAGCAAGCUUGAGCCAACGGUCGUCAAGGCUGCUGAGGACUUGGAUCCCUCCAUCCUUCUUCAGCAGGUCCUACGCAUCGCUCGAGCUGCCAACGCUGCCCAUGCUGCCCAUUACGUACAGGGGCAGCCCGCACCCGUGGCUCAAGCCCGCCUCGCUGUUUACGCUGCUGCGCGCUGCGCGCUUGCUCACGGUCUCUCGCUGCUUGGCUUGGUCCCCCUCUACCGAGUUUAG